CAGCCUGCAAAAAAAUGCGGAAAUGCGAAAAUGCGGGAGUGAAAAAGAGCGAGGGCCCGACAUGAAUGCAACGGGUACAUACAAACGUUACGAGCCUGGUGACCGUUCGGUCUUCCCAUGUCCGACACGGACAGGCCCCAAGGACACACGAAGCACGACACAACACGACACCGGAAAGAGCAGAGAAUGAGUCCAUUGUGGUACACACGGCUGCUUCCCUUUGCGACGGCGCCGACGAUCGUGCGGGCGAACCAGAAGGACGAACACCUGGUGGCCGACUUGGAGAAGAAGCUCAGCGAGCUGGUGAAGCAGAUCAAGGGGACCCGGUUUGCCCACGGCCAUGGGGCCGCCAUCGGGCUGGCGGCAAAGCUCGUGUACUUUUUGGCGACGACAGCGGUCGGCGCCCGGACGCUUGGCGAGGAGUACGUCGACCUCAGCUACGUCGACCGGACAGGCCGCCGCCGCGUGGGGGUGUUCAGGCGCACGCUCUUUGUGCUGGCGUACGUGCUGCUGCCGUACCUCCUGAGCCGGGUGCUGAAGCUCGCGGCGUCCGUCUCCGCCGUUUCGACGGGCCACCCCCGCCUCAGGCGUCUGCUCGAGCGGGUGUCGUUUCUGAGCCUUGUUGACGCCACGAACCUCCACCUGGCGCUCUUCUACUUCACGGGGAAGUACUACCAGCUCGCCAAACGGGUCUUUGGCCUGCGCUACGUGCUCAACUACACGCCGGACGCUCGCUCCAGACAGGCGGGCGGGAACGGCAACUACGAGGUGUUGGGCGGCCUCAUGGUCGUGCAGCUCGUGCUCAAGUACGGCGCCGUGCUGCGCAAGGCGCUGGCUGGCGCCCGCGGCGACGGCACUUCGGGCGACGCAGCGUCUACAGCUGUCCAGAUACGCAGGGAUGCCGGACAAGGUGUGUUUCGAGGCACCGGAAAGGGCUCCAGCUCCAGCUCCGAUUACGGUUCGAACUCCGACGCAAAGCCGUCCUCCGCCACCGCCACCGCCACCGCCACAAUCGACCUCGCCGACCCGGCGCAGCUUCCAUACGUGGCGCAGCACAGCCGCCAGUGUCUCCUGUGUCUUUCGCCGAUGCAGGACCCGGCGGCGGCCGGUUGUGGCCACGUCUUCUGCUGGAGCUGUGUGCUUGAGUGGGGCCGGGCGUCGGCGGCGGCGGCAGCGGAGUGCCCGCUCUGCCGGGCGCCGCUGCGGGCGUGCGAGCUGCUCCCUCUCCGCUAAAACCGCCGACGCGUCGGCGCAUCGACGCGUCGGCGCGGUCCGCACAGGGCGUGCCAGCGGGGCCUGG